UUGGGUCCAAAGGCAAAAGGAGAGAGAGAUAGAGAGAGAGAGUCUCAUUGUGGCCACUUUAUUCUCCUAAAUGGAGUGCUUUGUUUGCUGUUCCCUGUAGCCUGUACCCUGUGAGAUGGUGGUUUAGAAGAGCAGAGAGACGGUGCCCUGCCUUGCAUUCUUCCUGGUGGCUGCUUCGCAUUGUCUUGCUUCUCUUCUAAAUCAGAGGUGCUUCUGAGCUUCUGCACCGAGGUUUUGGAUUCCAUCUGCGUUUCCAAGCUCCUUUGCCUCAAGACCAAGUUUUUAGAUUCAAACCUUCUGACGAAGGGCAACAAUCCUUUUUCCCUCUCUCUCUCUCUCUCUCUCUCUCUCUCUCUCUCUCUCUCUCCCCUAUGGAUUUGAGUGGCUGGUUGUGUUCUUGAUCCAUUGUUCUUGUUGGGUGUACAGAGCCCACGAUUAAUGCGGUAGAUCGCAAGACAUCUCUGAUUCUAGGCCUAACCCUGGGUUUCUCAUCCUUCUCCUUGAAACAAGUUUGAUACCAGUGUUUUGGGUUUCUUUCCCUUUGGUCCUCUUCGGCAGCACCAAGAGGGGGGAAAAGUAAGUAUUUUGCUGCGGGGUUUUGUUGUUCUCCCCAUUUUGCCACCGCAAGAUCCAGAUUCCUGCAGCGCCUUCGGAGGGGUUGGGCAGCUACCUUGUUGUGGCUGUAUGCAGAAGUGCUGGAAAGAUGAGAGAUGAGAAUCCGAAGAAAAGCAAGCUGUCUUGGCCCAAGACCCUUGUUAAAAGAUGGUUCAACAUCAAGAGCAAAAGUCAGGAGAGUCAUUCAAAUGAUGCUAAUGGCAAAGGACGGAGUGGGCAAUGGAGGGCCAACCUAUCUGAGAAGGUGGCAUGUACAGUCAAGAAAGGCAGAACAGAUGUAUCAUCCAAGAAGGACAUCGAACAAGUUCAGCGAGCAAGGUUUGAUCUUCAUUCAGCUCGAAUAACAGAUGUUCAGGACUACAAGAUCUUUGCUGCGACCUGGAAUGUGGGUGGGAGACCCCCACCAAAAAACUUGAAUCUCUUGGACUGGAUUCAUGCUUCUUCUCCUGCAGAUAUAUAUGUUUUGGGGUUUCAAGAGAUUGUUCCACUUAAUGCUGGAAAUGUUCUUGGCACAGAAGACAAUGGUCCAGCUAAAAAAUGGUUGUGGCUUAUUAGAAAGACCCUGAACAGUCCCGACACCUGUGGCUCUGAUAGCUACCACACACCAUCUCCUGUUCCAGAUCCUAUUUUGGAGUUAAAUGCUGAUUUUGAGAGGUCCACAACAAGGCAGAAGAAUUCAGCAUUCCUCCACAGGCGUUCCUUUCAUUCUCUUAGUCGUAGUUUAAGAAUUGAUGGGGAUACCAUGGUGCCUCAACCGAUGCUGGAUCGCCGAUUCAGCGUUUGUGACAGGGUCAGCUUUGGGAGUAGACCAAGUGACUUUGAUUCCAACUUUAGAUUUGAAGGAUCAUCUGAUGAUGAGAACAUCGGGGAGGAGUCACCUACUACCAUCUUUUUCUCACCGUUUACAUAUGGCUAUGGAGCUCCCACAUAUGUUGAAGAAAGGGAUAGAUUAUCUGCAAAUUCUAGGUAUUGCUUGGCUGCAAGCAAGCAGAUGGUUGGAAUAUUUCUUACGAUCUGGGUGCGCAGUGAUAUUAGAGAUGAUGUGCGAAACUUGAAGGUUUCCUGUGUUGGCCGGGGACUAAUGGGUUAUCUUGGGAACAAGGGUUCUAUAUCGAUCAGCAUGUUGCUGCACCAAACAAGCUUCUGCUUCAUCUGUAGUCAUUUGACCUCAGGGCAGAAAGAGGGGGAUGAACUACGGAGAAACUCAGAUGUAAUGGAGAUUCUAAAGAAGACUAGAUUUCCGCGAGUGCAGAAAGGUGGCAAUGAGAAGUCACCUGAAACGAUUCUUGAUCACGAUCGCAUAAUAUGGCUUGGUGAUUUGAAUUACCGCAUUGCUCUUUCAUAUCGGUCAGUGAAGACUCUAGUGGAAAUGCGCAACUGGAGAGCAUUGUUGGAAAAGGAUCAGCUCCGAAUAGAGCAACGAUGUGGCCGUGUAUUAGUGGGAUGGAAAGAAGGAAGGAUAUAUUUUCCUCCCACUUAUAAAUACUCAAACAACUCAGAUCGUUAUGCAGGAGAUGACAUGAAUCCUAAAGAGAAGCGACGAACACCUGCAUGGUGUGACCGCAUAUUAUGGUAUGGGAGAGGCCUUAAUCAGUUGUCUUAUGUUCGAGGGGAGUCGAGGUUCUCUGACCACAGACCUGUAUACAGCAUUUUCACAGCAGAGGUUGAAAUGAUCAACCAUAGUCUAUUCAGGAAGAACAUGGGUUAUUUUAGCUCUCGUGUAGAGGUGGAAGAACUCUUACCACACUCGCAUGGUUACACAGGACUAAACUACUACUAACAUGGAUAAACAUGCAAAAAAAAAAAAAGGUAAUUUUUUGUUGAUAAAAGAAGAAUCAUUCACAACAAUUGUAUUUUCUUGUUGCAUCCAUAAGGAAAAAUCUACAGAAGUAGUUGUAUGUUCUUAAAAGAGAAUGAUUUUGGUUAAAGAUGCCAGAUAAUAUUUUUCUUUCUUUUUUGUUUUUUUUUCACCUUUCAGUAUUGAUAACUAGAAUCUUUUGAAUAUCUUGUGAUGAUUGAUGAACCACUCUUUACUGUCUUUGUUGUAGACUUUCAGCAUCAUUUUCAACUAAAAAUAUGAUCUUCAACAACCUCUACAGAUCAGGGUGCAGUUCUUCCGAUCAAGCAUGCCAAAGAGAGCAGCACAUUUCUUGGAAACUAAACCUGAAGUGGGAAAAGAAACACUGCAGUUUUGAUGCUGAUAAAUUUCUAGUCAAGAAAGAAGAUUGAGAGUUCCAUUCCAGAAUAAGUCAGUCACUAACAACAUCUAUUAACCAGCUUGUUUCACCCUUGCAAACCUAAGCAGUCUCCCUAGCAGACAGUUGAUAGUUCUCAGUAGAACAAGAAUACUCCAGAAAUAAAGAAAACAGAAUGAACCAACAAGAAGAGGGGACUCUUGCGGCACCACUGAUCUGAAGCUGCCAAGUGGGAGUGAUUUAUUUCCCUUUUUAUUUUAGUUUUUACAUGACUUUAUUCUUCUGAAAAUGAAGGUUUUUUUCCUUUUGAUUUUUGUAGAGUGAGAAGUAAAGGUGAAUUACAGACAAAUAAUCAUUAUGUGCAUAGUUUCUUUUCUGUUAUAAAUGUUGACAAGGAUGGAUGAGUUCUGGGUUCA